UGUACUUUUCAGGCUGUAGAGCUGUGCAUAUUUUUUUCGUUUUGUUUUAAAAACUUCCUAUACGCUCCACGGAACGUAACGGUCUUGUAUGUAUGUAUAUAAUAAUAUAUGUAGAUCUAGAUCUAGAUAAACCAUGGUUGUUUCCUUUAAAAUUUCAGGUACAAUGAAGGUUCGGUGUCUGUCCCGCAAUAUAAGUUAUAUGAAAGUUUUGAAAACCAUGUCCCUUGUCAUCCUGCUCACCCUUCUGUUCUUAGCCGUCUUUGACGGUGCCGUUCAGCGGAAGUUUACGGAAGGUGUGCGCACGUUCUUUCAAGCCACGCCCACAAACGUCAGAAUUCGGGUUACUAAGGAAACGCGCGUCACAUCACCAGAAAACUCGACCACCGGACUUGAAGAUUUGAGAGCGCGGCUCAACCAGUUGGGGUUCGAACCCGUGGAAGACCACGAGUUCAAAUCCCCUCUCAUCAUCAACCCGUGGAACGUCAGAGGAAUUCGAAACGAAACCGGAAGUCCGAAGAUAAUAUCCUCGUUUAACUCCCCGCAUUGGUUCAAAACUGCUUUCACGAAUUCUUCCCGAAACGAGUUCACGGAAUGCGAGUAUUCGAACUGCGAGAUGGACUUCACGGGAAAGAAAAAGGAAAGCGCUGAUGUGUUGUUAUUUUUUGUCGGGUACUUGAACAGUGCGCCCCCUGCGAGACCCCCAGGCCAGAUUUGGGUCAAAAUCAUGUGGGAAUCUCCGAUUAACUAUGGUUAUCCAGGUCAGUAUGAGCCAUGGAGAAGCGUCUUCAACUGGACCAUCUCCUACAGAGUGGACGCCGACGUCUUCGCGCCUAUUCACCUGAUGGCCUGGCGGGACAGCAGGCUGUUGCUUAGUGACGAGAGUUACUUGGAGAUCGCGAGAAACAAAACAAAGAUGGCUACUUGGUGGGUCAGUCACUGUGGGGCUGAGAGCAAGAGAGACGAGUACGUAGCACAGCUGAAGAAACAUAUGCCAGUCGAUAUAUAUGGCUCUUGUGGAAGUCUGCAAUGCUCUAAAGCAGCCUGCGAAGAGAUGCUGACAACUACUUAUAGAUUUUACCUCAGUUUUGAGAACUCUUUCUGUAAAGAUUACCUCACGGAAAAAUUUUACCGGAAUUUCAUGAAACGACACCACGUGAUACCCGUAGCCAGAGGCGGCUUCGACUAUGGGAAACACCUACCCCAGGGUGGGUUCGUGGAUGCUUCCAAAUUCCCCAACGCCGCCGAGCUAGCCAAGUUCCUGAUCCAGCUGGGCAAUGAUCAUGCUAGGUACGCCACAAUGCUGAAAGAAAAAGACCGGCUGGCGGCUCUGAGCGAGAAGUUGUAUUGGUGUGACCUUUGCAAGAAAGUUCACACAAACAACGAGACGAAAAUGAUCCCGGAUAUUAAAGAGUGGUCACACGGCAACACGUGUCAUGCGCCCACAGAUAUGUGAUGAAAGUUAACCCAAAAUUAUAUUCGUCAGUGCAAUAGGAGGGCUUUUGAAAUAAAACGAACAAGCAACAAGAAACUUUUCAUGCACUCCAAAUUAACAUCUAGUGGAUCACUUAUAGGGGCAUUACAGUAUUAAAAUUUACAGAUGACAAGGCCUCAUUAUUAGAAUGCCUACAUUGGGGCCAGU